AUGGUGUCUCUCGGCCGCCUCCACACCUUAUUCUCCUCCACCCUCGCCCUCGCCUUCACAGCAACCCUCGUGACAUCCGCCGCCCUCGUCUCGGCCGCCAACGACUCCAGCAGCUGCUCCAACGACCUCUCCGUCGCCUACGACGAGCCGGUCGCCGCCGAUGGCUGGUCCUACCGCCUGGUGGCGAAUGGGCUCGAGCGGCCGCGGGGUAUCUUGUUCGACGCCGAGGGCGCGCUGUUGGUUGUCGACUCGGGCGUCGGGAUUGUGCAUCUCACGCUGCGGGAUGACGGCGGGACUUGUCUACAGGUGACGGACAAGAAGACGCUGGUUAAGAAUGAAGAUCUCAACCACGGCAUCGCCCUCUCCCAAGAUGGCCGCACGCUCUACGCAUCCUCCUCCAACGACGUCUACUCGUGGACGUACGACGCCGCCUCCGCCAGCCUCAACGCCUCGUCCUCCCGCACCCUCGUCACCAACAUGACCAACUCGGGCCACGUCUCCCGCACGCUGCUGCUGUCCCGCAAGCACCCGGACAUGCUGCUCGUGUCGCGCGGCAGCGAGGGCAACGACGACGCCGCCGCCGCCGACCGCACCUCAGGACACUCGCAGCUGCGCGCCUUCAACCUCAGCGCGCUGUCCUCCGACGGCUCAUCCCAGAGCUCGUAUGGCUAUCUCCAGGGCACGCUGCUCGGCUGGGGCCUCCGCAACUCGGUCGGCGUCGCCGAGCACCCCGCGACGGGCGGCAUCUGGUCCGUCGAGAACUCGGUCGAUAAUCUGCGGCGCCACGGCGAGGACAUUCACGCGGAUAACCCCGGCGAGGAGCUCAACUUCCACGGCUACCUCAACGGCUCUGGCGAGGACCAGGGUGGCAACUACGGCUACCCGCUCUGCUACACCAUCUGGUCCACCGAUGGGUUUCCGGACCUUGGCGAUCUAGAUACGGGCGACCAGUUCCCGGCCGACCAGUCCGACAAUGUAAUCACUAUACUAAGCGACAGCGAGUGCAACACCGAAUACGUGCCCCCGGUGCUCGCUUUCCAGGCCCACACGGCGCCCCUUGACAUCAAGUUCAACGAGGACGGCACCAGGGCCUACGUCUCCUUCCACGGCAGCUGGAACCGCGACGACCCCGUGGGCUACGCCAUCUCCAGCAUCUCCUUCAAGGACGGGCAGCCCGUCGAGCCCUCCAACAGCAUGGACGCGGCCAGCGCGAUCCUGCGCAACCCGGACCUCUCCAACUGCCCGGACAACUGCUUCCGGCCCGUCGGCCUGGCGUGGGACUCCAAGGACCGCCUCUGGUUCAGCUCCGACAGCACGGGCGAGCUCUUUGUCCUGGCGCGGGACUCGAGCGGUUCCGGGUCAGACGACGCGGGUUCCGACGAGGGCGAGAGCGGCAGUGAUGAUGACAGCGCUGCGUCUCAGUUCUUCCCCCCGCGGUCAGGGGCCGUGGCUGUGACGUUUGCGGCGAUCAUCAUGGGUUUAUUUCUUGCGUGA